UAAAACGUAGAAGAAGAGAGGGCUUUCCCGACCGCUAACUGCCUGUCACAUGUAAGAUAAUGGAUGCAAUUAGCUAAAGGUAGCUUAUUCGUGGGCUAAAUGCACAACAGACGGCCCUCUAUGGAUAUUUAUUGAACCAAUAUUUCAGUAGCAGUGACUACAGGGCUGUGCCAGACUUUGGAUGGAGUCAGCACCAAACUUUUUAUUGUCUUGUGUAGUCACAGCAAGGAACCUCAGGGUUCUGGAUUCGGGCCAUCCUGUACAUCAGCGAGGGAAGAAUGGUCAAAUAUUUCUGUAGUAACGCAGACAUCUGGAGUACAUGGGACCAUGUUGUCUCUGCUUUUUGGCAGAGGUACCCUAACCCAUUCAGCACCCAUGUUCUCACAGAGGACGUUGUGUACCGGGAGGUGACUGCGGACCACCGGCUCCUCUCCAGACGCCUCCUGAUGAAGACCAAUCGGCUGCCUCGCUGGGCAGAGCGGGUCUUCCCCUCCGGCAUGUCCCGCUCAGUGUACAUCAUUGAGGACUCCAUCGUGGACCCUGUCAAAAGGAGCCUGACCACCUACACCUGGAACCUCAACCACACAACGCUAAUGUCGGUUGAAGAGCGUUGUAUUUUCCAAGACUCCGAGGAGCAGCCGGCCACCACCCAGCUGAAACGGGAGGCGUGGAUAUCCUCAAACGUUUACGGUUUCUCCAGACCCAUUCAGGAGUUCGGAUUGGCCCGAUUCAAGAGCAACCAGGUGAAGGCCAUGAAGGGGCUGGAGUAUGCGCUGUCUAACAUACAUGGAGAGGUGCCCCAGUGGGUGCUCAGGGACACAGUGAAGGAGGCGUCAGAGAAGGCCAAGGAGGCAGCCAAGACCCUGGCUUCAGCUGCUUCCGCCCCACAGAAACCCCAGCAGCAGUACGUCUGACAGUUCUGUAUGAGGAGCAGCGCACAGGUGACACGAACUCAACACAGGCGACAUGAACUCAACACAAUGCCUUUUGAUCAUCUCGAUCGUUGUGACUGGACUGAAGUUUUCUGGGAUCUCUCUGAUCUCUCUUUGUUCUCCGUAUGAAGCUGCCUCUCGUCUCCACGGUUGGACUGUUCUCAUUUUCUUUCUCAGCUUUCUGUCUUGUUUGAAUCUCAGGUCCUGAGCCUCUGUCUGAAACAUAUUAUUGCCUUCGUGGAAACGUUCAGAUUGUGACCAGCAGCGUACUUGAAUGCUGUAACUACGUCAGGUACAAAUGCACAGUUUCAUGUCUUGCCAUAUAUGUUAUAUAUGUUUUUUUAAAUGUUAUUUUAAUUUAGUUCGCUUAUUUUUCAUGCAAAAUGAUAAAACUCUUCUCAAACAGUUUGGCACUAAAUUAUUGGUCCAAGCUGAAUCAGACCAAAUCAUAACACUGUGAAUGUGUAGUUGUAAUUAAGCUUAAGCAAGGAAGGACAAAGAUUAUGAUUGGAUGCUUGCAUGAAGAGGAUAAACUGUAUAUAAACAGUGAACCAUAUCCUAUUCCGGUCGAUUUCCUCAUUAUUUCUUCUUUGUCAUUUUCUGGGGUUGAGUCUUCUGCUGCUAUCAAACACAUCAUCACAUGACAGGCGAAUUCACAAAGAAUGGAUUGCGGCUACUGAUAGCACCAUGAAUUUAUAUUGUGUUGCAAACUCCCCCUUAAAGUUUUGAGUGCAAUUUGUCCUUCUUUGCAUGUGAUUGCAAUUUUCCAAUGUUGCAAAGUAUCAAUGUGUAGCUUUGCAAUAGAGGCUUUCCUCAAAACUUCUGGCAAAUAAUGUAAAGGUUACAGAGAAAAGCUGUACUUGGGAAAUACAAUCUCUCUGAAGAUGCUAAUACUUUAACCGUGUGCGGUUAUUAGCACUGAUCUUUGUGAAUUGGGCUGUUCUUGCAAUGAGGCUCAUUUGCAUGGAGAGAUGCCAAUUUUGCAUUAAAUCUUCUGCACAUUACCCAGUUUAAUAUGUUCAAAUUGCACAGAAGCACCAAGAUGUAACUGUACUUGCUUGCCAGCACAGUUAGCGGUGCACUUCAUCCUUUGUCGGUGUUUUGAAAAUGACACUGUUUCUUUUUUGUCUUCUUUGUGCAAGUGUAGUUUUUUUGUGAACUCGCCUGAGUACGUGUCACUACUGUUGGCACAUAAUGCAUGCUGUAAUAUCGCGCACAAUAAUAAAACCUUUGGUAUAAACGCUACAAGUUAGGAGCGGCUAGAACAGCCCGAAGUGAAGCUUUGAUAAUCGCAACAAACCAAAGUGACUUCUAUGGAAAAAAGUUUUCACAUUUCUGUGUUUAGAUUUACUCUGUAAAGUGAUUAUUCUUCUACUGUAUGACUGCGUACAUGAAAAUAUUUUAGAUGAGAUAAUUUCAACCUGCCUGUUGAUAUGAAGCUUAAGUAUGAAUGAAGAUUGUAAAUGAUUGUAAAGAGUUCAUGACUGCAUUCCUUUUUAGAUGGAAUUGUUGGAUUUUUGUUCCUAGACUUGAAUUAUAGUUAAAAAUGAUACUGCUUAUAUAUUCAUAUGAUGCAUUAUGAAGGAUUAUUUAGCAUUAAGCAUUCGUGAUAUGGAAUUCAUGUAGAUGUAUUUAAACCAGAUAGAAUGGUAAGUAAAACCAUUUGGACUUUAAGUGGAAGAAUAUUUUUGUUACUCAUUCAAAAACAUUUCAACCAACCCUGCAAGCUAAAGUCCAGUGUUUUGUUUCUGUCUUGUGUUACCUCAUUGUCAAAACAAGCUUAAAUAAAAUGUGAUAAGUUAUUGAUUUAA